UCUUUCGAAUGGGAAGAUUUCAUUAGGCAACCCUGAUGGAUGACAACGCCAUUCGAAACAUUGUGAUUACCGUUGUUGGAGCUUUACUGAUAUUCUUUGGCAUUUGUGGUAACUCGUUGGUAGCCAUUGCAAUCUGGAAAAAAAAUUACCUUCGAUCUACAGCCAAUUAUCUUUUGUUGAACGUAGCCCUUGCUGACAUUACAAGCCUGACAUUCCUACCUCUAGUGCUUGUUUCAAUAUACGGCAAAUUCCAACAAGGAAUUACAGCAGAUUUACUUUGCAAGUUUCUUAUUUCUGUUCACAUACCUCUCACUGCAAAUUUUGCUGCAGUCUUUACUCUGGUUGUGUUGUCAGUAGAGAAAUACCAUGCUAUAGUGAAGCCAAUGAAGUCGGGCUUUAGACUUAGAGAGGACACCGUGAAAUACGCUAUUAUUGUCGUAUGGACAAGUGCCAUAGCGAUGACUUUGCCAAUGUACAUUUUUGGAAAAUAUGCAAGGUACAAGACAAAACUGUUUUGUGAUUAUGACGCUACAGAAGAUGCAAUGAGCCCCUAUCUUUAUGUUCUGGCUGCUAUCGUUAUUUUCAUUCCAUUCAUCGUCAUCAGUUUCUGUUACUUUCAAAUCGUUCGUGAGCUGUAUUUCAAGAACAAAGUGGCACCACAGAACGUAACAACUGCAGCAGAAGAUAACAUUGCCAAACGUAAGCUCGUAAAGCUUUCCCUCUCGAUUACCUUAGCUUUAUUAGUCUGUUUCUUUCCUCUGGCCUUGUCAAUGUGCCUGAGGGCUUAUAACAAGGAAAAACUUAAAAGUAAAUACAUUCAAGAUUUUGGUUCCCUCUUGUACGUACUUAAGGUAGUGUUAAAUCCAUUCCUGUAUGCAUUUCAGAGCACCAAUUUUCGGCAGGCUUUUAAGGAAAUGCUCAAGUCUAAACUGUGUCCCUGCUGCAAAUAAUCAGUUAUAUUGAAUAAUUACAUAGUCAUCUCGUUCAUAUAGCAAGCGCUUUUCCGAACUUCGUUCCAUUUUACGAAAAAGAAUCGAACGUUUCAUUAGUUUGUUUAGGGAACGUUAA